AGUCGACAUGGCGUCCAAAACCCUAUAGACCCGAGUUAGGAGGAGCGUUAAGCGGCCGCACUCCGCUUCUGCUUCCUCAUUGUCUCUCUUUAUGUAGUUUGCGAUGAGGGCGGUGAGGGGAUCCGUGGUCCGCUCGAAGCACAUCUCUCUCGCGAAGGCCUCCGCCGUUCUCUCCCGCUUCGCCGCGAACGAGAAUGCCGCCCGCCCGGAUGUCGCCGCCUACGUCCGCUGCGCCUCCGCUGCCUUUGACGAGCUCGUCAGCUUCUGUCACGAGAUCCGAGCCGCCAGCAAGCGCUCCGAGCUUGAGAAGUCGUUGAUGGAGGAGGAGGGGGACGAGGAGCGGAACAAGAAAAAGAGGAGGAGGAGCGGCAGAGAUGAGCAAGUCGAUGGAGAGGUUGUGGAAGACGCCGAUUUGGUGGAUCGAUAUGGUAAUCGUUGUGGAGGCGUAGGUGACUCUGGUAGCGACGUGGAGAGGAAGAAAAAGAAGGCUAGAAUCGAAGCCAAUGAGGAAGAAAGAAGCAAGCUUUCAAAAGAAAAAUUAGGGCGACUAAAGGAUAAAAAAGAACAGUAUAAUAAGAGAAAGAAGAACAAAUGUUAGAACAGAAGAUUGGCAGAGAUGCAAGCUUUUAGAACUGGAGUUGGUUCAUCAUCCAUUCCAACAAAUUUGGGGCUUCAUGGGAGUUGCCUCCUAAUCUUUCAAAAGAAGGAUUUGGACUCCUCACUUGGAGCUCUGGCUCAGUACAUCUACAACUGCAAUCUUGGAGUAGAAGCAGAUCUAUAAAAGGUUCCCUUUUUUUGAGGUAAGUUCGUUGUUUAGAGAAAGUACUGACAUAAAAUUUUGACUUACAAUGUGAAUCUUAGGAUGUGAUUAUGAUCACAACAUUGUUUUCUUACUGCAACCCAUAUUAUAUUCCAUCUUGAAUUAGACAUUGACUUAAGAUGCUCGUUGCUUGA